AAUUUUAUUAAUAAAAUGCCACUUCGCCUUGAUGUUAAACGGAAAUUACUCGCUCGUUCUGAUCGUGUCAAAUCAAUUGAUUUACACCCAACUGAACCUUGGACAUUAGUUUCUCUUUAUAAUGGGCAUGUUCACAUUUGGAAUCAUGAAAAUCAGCAGUUGGUUAAAUCGUUUGAGGUUUGUGAGCUGCCUGUACGAGCUGCAAAGUUCAUUUUUCGCAAAAAUUGGAUAGCGACUGGUUCAGAUGAUAUGCAACUUCGCAUUUUCAAUUAUAACACGUUGGAACGUGUGCAUCAAAUGGAAGCUCACUCGGACUAUUUGCGAUCGAUAGCUGUGCAUCCAACCCAGCCCUUUUUACUAACUAGUUCUGAUGAUAUGCUUAUUAAAUUAUGGGAUUGGGAUGAUAAAUGGAAGCUAAAACAGACAUUUGAAGGUCACACUCAUUAUGUUAUGCAAUUAGUGAUAAAUCCAAAAGACAAUAAUACAUUUGCCACAGCUUCACUCGACAAAACAAUAAAAGUUUGGCAAUUGGGAAGUCCUACUCCAAAUUUUACUCUUGAAGGCCACGAGAAGGGGGUAAAUUGUGUUGAUUAUUACCACAGUGGAGACAAGCCUUAUUUAAUUUCUGGAGCAGAUGACAGAUUGAUCAAAAUUUGGGAUUAUCAAAACAAAACUUGUGUUGCAACACUUGAAGGGCAUUCACAUAAUGUCUCCGCUGUUUGUUUUCAUCCAGAAUUGCCUAUAAUUGUUACUGGGUCAGAAGAUGCGACUGUACGUAUUUGGCAUGCAAAUACAAAUAGGCUUGAAACAACACUAAAUUAUGGACUUGAACGCGUCUGGUGUAUAACAGCACAGAAAGGAUCAAAUAAAAUUGCUAUUGGUUAUGAUGAAGGCUCGGUAACUAUAAAACUGGGACGUGAGGAACCUGCUGUUUCUAUGGAUUCGACAGGAAAGUUACUGUGGGCAAAGCAUACAGAUGUUCAACAAGUUAAUUUGAGAGCAGCAGAUGAACAAACUUUGGAGCAAGCACAAGAUGGAGAGCGACUUGCUCUUGCAGUCAAGGACAUGGGAUCAACAGAAUUGUACCCUCAAAAAUUACAGCAUUCUCCAAAUGGACGUUUUGUUGUUGUUUGCGGAGAUGGUGAAUAUAUAAUUUAUACGGCAACAGCUUUGCGAAACAAAUCUUUUGGUUCAAGCCUUGAUUUUGCAUGGGCAAAUGAUUCAAAUAUGUAUGCAGUGCAAGAAAGUUCACAAUUGAUUAAGCUGUUUAAGAAUUUCAAGGAAGUCCUUCAAAUUCGACCUGAUACAUCUAUUGAAGGAAUUGAUGGUGGGCAUUUAUUGGCAGCACGUUCUGCUGGUUCACUUCUUUUUUAUGAUUGGGACACUGGACAUGUUAUUCGUCGUAUUGAAAUUGUUGCCAAAAAAGUUUUUUGGAGUGAAAAUGGUGAUAUGGUUGCUAUUGCAAGUGAUGAACAACUUUAUAUUUUGCGUUAUGAUUCUGAAACUGUUUCACGCGUAAAUAUUAAUGAAAUUGGAGCUGAUGGAGUUGAAGAAGCAUUCGAAGUCAUUGGUGAACUAACAGAGGCUGUAAAAACUGGAAUUUGGGUUGGUUAUUGCUUCAUAUUUACAACAACUUUGAACCGACUUAGUUAUUAUGUUGGUGGUGAAGUUGUCACUAUUGCACAUACAGAUCGUCCACUUUAUUUGCUUGGGUACUUGGCAAAAGAAAAUCGUCUUUUUGCUUGUGACAAAGACCACAAUAUUGUCUCCUAUAAAAUUCUUUUGUCAGUUUUGGAAUAUCAAACUGCUGUGAUGCGACGUGAUUUUGAUUCUGCUGAUCGCAUUCUAAAAACAAUACCAGAAAAUCAAUGUACUCGAGUGGCUCAAUUUUUGGAGAAACAGGGCUUCAAAAAACAAGCGCUUGCUGUUAGCAAGGACCCUCAACAUCGUUUCGAAUUGGCUCUUUCACUUGGAGAUUUAAAUGUUGCUUAUGAAUUGGCCCAACAAUCGGAUAGCGAAGAUAAAUGGAAACAACUAGCACAUGCAGCAACUAUUCGUUCAGAGCUACGACUGGCUGGUGAAUGUCUGGCUAAAGCUCGCGAUUUUGGUGGUCUUCUCUUGCUUGCAUCAUGUUCUGGUUCUAAUAAAUUGAUGUCACAAUUAGCUAAAGAAUCUUACAACAAUAAUCAACACAAUGUUUCAUUCCUUUCUUCAUAUCUUCUCGGCGAUUUACAACAAUGUUUGGAAAUUCUUAUUGAAAAUGGACGCAUUCCUGAAGCUACUUUCUUUGCUCAUACUUAUGCUCCAAGUCAAGUACCUCGUUUGGUAUCGUUAUGGAGAGAUGCGGCGAGUCAAUCAUUGAGUGGAAUAAGCAAAAGAAAUGUUGGAGAAAGUUUGGCUGAUCCAUUAAAAUAUGAAAAUUUGUUCCCUGGUUAUGAUAAAGCACUUGAAGCAGAAAAACAAAGAGAUGGUGGAUGUCAAAAUGGAGUGGUGGUGCCAGAGCAACAAGACGAUUUGAAAGAUGUAUUAGCUGAAAGUGAAUUAAAAUCUUUAAAUGGAACAGUAACAGAUCAAGAAGAGGAGGGGGAACAUGAGAAUUCCUCUGGUGAACAGCUUAGUGCAGAAGAUGAAGAAGUAGAAGACAAAGAAUCAUAA